AUGGCGGGUAGCUUAUCAGCGGAAGAUGCGACAAGACUUGUUGACUUUGUGAAUGAUAAGAUCCAGAGCAUUGAAGACCUCCAGAGCCUGGAUACGCUUCUUCAGAGCCUCCAGGAGCAGCAAGAAAUCCAGAGGCAGCAGCUACUGGAGGCUGAGGAGAUCCUCAAAAAUGCUACUAAAGCUUCAAAUGAACAUGCUGAGGCAGUUCGAAAGGAGGCGGAGGCAUUCAAACAACACCAGACUGAUAUAGACCAUCGUUUACUGGUUGUAACGCAGUCGGAACACAGUGAUGAAGCUGUUCGCAAAUUUGAAGAUAGUAUUGCUAGAUUGCAGAGGCUUGAUGUGUCCCAAGGCUAUUUAGAACUACUAAGCAACAUUGAUCAACUGAAUAACGAUGCAAUGAAGACCAUGAAAUCAUCCCCACAUGAUGCCCUACGAUCCUAUGCGCAGCUUCGUUCGAUCGAAACAUCUAUAUCAUCCAGCCAAGAGAUUGUUGAAGGGGCUACUCCGUACCUCCUUGACUAUGUGACGAAAGUCUCAGAUAUUUUAAAGGAUUCCAUUCGCGUGGAAUAUACGGAGGAACUGCAAAGUAUCCUGGACAAAAUGAAGUGGCCUAUGAAGGAACUCCCUGCGGAGUCAUUGAUUGACGAAUGGAUGCAUCUUGUGCAAACUUUGCGUCUUCUCGCCACCGACUUUUCGUUCCUAUCCCGUACGCUGGCUGUGGCCCCGAGGCGUAGAAUUGCCAACCACGUCCUACUUACUAUUCAGACGUACAUUUGGGAUAGCAUUCUGAUGCGGAAUUCUUUCUCUACCUCUGGGGCUGCACAACUCUCCGUUGACGUUUCCAAUAUCUGUGAUACAGUAGAUGCUGCUAUUGGCACAAAGACUGGUGAAAUACUCGCAGCGCGCACAAUGAAGAAACUACAGGAUGGGCUAUUCAUCCUGAACCUGGAGAUUAAAGCAGGAAAAGAUCAUCUGGCCGGCACUGGUGACGAUACUAGAACAAUGCUUAGCUUAUGGGAAGCUGAGAAGAGGCUCUUUGCCAAUAAUGAAAGCGCACGAGGCGUCUUAUCCGAGCUUGGUAUAGAUACACUUACCGAGGCUGAUGCCAGGUCGGUUUUAGAGAGAAGAGUUGAAGUUCGCAGUUAG